GGGCGAGGGCGUUGACAUUACACAGCAAGGGGAAAGGUACCAAUUUCACCCUGCUCCGUAGUAGAGACUGCCAGCCAAUGGGGAUUAUGUGGGGCGGAGAGCAUCUCCCUUCAUCGCCCACCCUUCUCUUAUUGCCGUCUCUCGGCGUGUGUUGUUGAUGCAGUCUCCAACUGCACGCCGCCUAUUUUCAUGCCAAUGGACUGUACGGUUUCUCUUCAGGUGCAGCAUCAUCUGACAGUUUAUCCCAACCAGCUGUACGAAGGAUACAGUUUUGAACUACAGGUAUGGUCCUUGUGCGCAAUCUGGAGGUACCGUAAUGUUUUGAGAUGAAGUCUACUGAAGUGGAUCAGGCACUCUUCACUGACACCUACUGCAGAGUCUGCAGCGCACAGCUCAUCUCUGAGUCCCAGAGGGUCGCCCACUAUGAGAGCCGAAAACAUGCAAACAAAGUGCGCCUGUACUACAUGCUGCAUCCGGUGGAUGGAGGCUGCCCGGCCAAGAAGCUACGGACAGAGGGCAGUGAAGAGGGCGAUGUGGAUAAGAACAAGUGCUGUACUCUGUGCAACAUGUCCUUCACCUCCGCUGUGGUGGCAGAGUCCCACUACCAGGGCAAGAUCCACGCCAAGAGGCUAAGACUGCUCCUAGGGGAGCCCCCAGCCAUCAUCUCCAAAGAGGUAACGGCCGGCGCCGAGCAGGUGGCAGCUGGGGAGAUCCCCCCACUGGUGCCCUCCAGGCCGGGCCGUGUGUCCCACCGCUACUGCCAGCUGUGCAAGGCCUGGUUCAACAACCCCGGCAUGGCCCAGCAGCACUACGACGGCAAGAAGCACAAGAAGAACGCGGCACGGGCCCAGCUUCUGGAACAGCUCGGGGAGAGCCUGGAGCCGGGCGAGCUGAACGGUGAGCAGACUGAAGUCUGUUUGGAAAUGGAAGGGGGGCUGAAGCGAAGCCACACAUGUGAUGUCUGCCAUGUCACCCUCAACUCAGUGGCACAGUACCACGCACACCUGCAGGGCUCCAAACACCAGAAUAACUUGAAGAACCAGUGAAUUUCAGAUUCUCACCAAGUGUUGGAUUUCCUGUCAGGCUGCCUCAGCUGUUGCCUGCCCAGUUCUCACUCUAAGUCUCCUCCUGUGUUGAUCUCUCCUCCUCCAUCACUGUGUUUCCCUACAAAAAGAAAAAAAAAACUUCAGGUGUUCUUUGCCAUGUGAAAAAAACCCUUUAACCAUCCUGAGAUACUGAUGUCAACACUUCAUGGCAGAACUAAAGACUGCUGGCGGAUGUCAAACCAUAGAUGUGACUAAAGACACAGACUUUUGACUAACAUUCCUCGUGGCACUGGCGCCGUCCUCAUGGGGAUCAGUGCUGGGGUGAUUUUUGUGAAGACAAGCAGAGAUCCUGCGGAGCGAACCAUGUUUCAUACAGACUGUGUUGGUAGCAAAUAUAUAAAGUACCCGCGUACAUUGCAUCAGAACCAUAUUGUGAGGCUUCUUUUCUUUAAAAAAGGAAAUGCUGCUCUUGGGACAGGUAUGUGCUGUGUCUAUGUUUUGAAUUAAGUUUAGGUUUAAUGUGUAAGCUUUGAUAGGUACAUCCAUACCAUGAACUGCUUGUAUUACGCCGUCUCUAUGGUCACCUUUUGUCAACCCUGAAGGGUACAUACUAUGCUAAAUGUGAUAAUAUUCAUUAGUUUUGGUUGGAUUUCAGUCCUGAAGGGUUUUUUGCUUGCUCUUGCGGAUAUAAAUAAUUCAUGUUUUCUCUCAUUUGAUUUCAUUUUGUCGUGACAGAUGUGUUCUUUGUCUCAGGGAUGUCUGAUUGAUCACAUACCAUGACAGCGAAAAGGGCAUUCAGUUGCUGUUUAAUCAUGUCUGUUGAACAAGGAAAUGUGAAUAAUUCCCUUCUAUUGUAUAGUCUAGAGCCUGUGUUUGAAAUUCCAGUCAUUUAUAUUAAUUUAUCUGACUAGAUUAUACGUAUGGACUAGAACACUGUGUCUAUGUCCUAUUGUGACAGAUUUUAUUUUUCUCAACUCAAUUCUUAGUAAUAUAAUGAUAUACUUUGCCUCAGUAAUUGACUUGGACUGUGCUCUAAUACUGUAUAUAUGUUCUGUCUGCUGGCCUUACAGGAUGCUGGUAAAUAACUGUAUUAGCUCAGUGAAUGACUUUUAAAUCGCCUUCAUGCGCUUCUCUGCUUUAUUAGAUAGCACUGAAAUCUGUUUGGGGAUUUUGGGGGGUAAACCAUGGUACAGGUAAUAGUCAAAUCCAGAAGUAAAUGUCAUUUGGUAUGGUGCUACAACUUAUGCUAGUUUGAAGAGAAAGCAUCAUUCAACAAAGUUGAAAAACCCAUAGUCCCUCUGUUAUGUUUUUUUUUAGGGCUAUGUACCAUGUUGUCUUGCCUCUUUUGAAGAGCAUCUUUGGAAAUAAAAGAUUGGGACAACCAAA